AUGCCCGCGUCUCUUACCAUUAUUGGUCAUACUGCUCUCUACUUAUAUGAAAGCAAGGGCCAAUGGAAACAUUGUGGGUUUCAAGGUUCUAGUACAUUAAUAUUUCCAGAGAACGAGCCCAGAUGCUCCAAACAAUAUGCUUGCAGUCAUAUUGCCAUGACUUACACAGGACUAGCAAUUUUGUUAAUGUUAGGAGAUGAUUUAUCCCGUGUACAUAGAGCUGCAGUGAUUGAAGGUGUAAGAGCUCUUCAACAAGAGGAUGGAAGUUUCUGCUCAACACUGUCUGGAAGUGAGAAUGAUAUGCGAUUUGUAUAUUGUGCUGCAUGUAUAUGUUACAUAUUAAAUGACUGGUCCGGAAUGGAUAUUGAAAAGACUGUACAGUUUAUUAAGAAAAGUAUUUCUUACGAUUGUGGUAUAGGACAAGGACCUGAAAACGAAUCACAUGGAGGUUCAACUUUUUGUGCAGUUGCUGCUCUAUCAUUAAUGGGUUGUUUAGAAAGUGCAUUGACAGAGAAACAGUUGAAAGGUCUUCGUCGAUGGGCAAUAGCAAGACAGAUAGAUGGCUUCCAGGGUCGCCCCGAUAAACAAGUAGAUACAUGUUAUUCUUUUUGGGUUGGAGCUACUCUCAAGCUACUGGGAGUAUAUCACUUUGUUGAUUAUGAAUCAAAUAGAAAUUAUAUUCUUUCAACUCAAGAUGCAAUUUCUGGUGGAUUUUCUAAAUGGUGGGACACUAGAGCUGAUCCUCUUCACACUUGCUUAGGAUUAGGAGGGUUGAGCCUAAUGAGUGAGAAAGAUUUACUGGCUAUUCAUCCUGCUCUCAACAUCACUAUGCGUGCAUACAAGCACCUUGAAGACAUUCAACAACACUGGGAAUGCAAGUAAAAAACUCAAUUUGUGAUGUAAUUUAUUAAUCAUCUGGUCACACCAUCAAUUUUUCAGAUUUAGGAAUUUAUAAUUUAUAAUAUGCUUUUGCAGUCUAAAGCAGAAAUGUUGCUAUAGCAUGAGUUUUAUGGUGUUGGUAACUUUUUAAAAUUAUAGUGUUGUUCAAAAUUAUGUAUCAUAACAGAGACUUUUAUUACAAAAGAUAUGGUAUUGUGAAAGAUAUAGAUGGAAUGUUUUCAUGUUAAGUGAAUCAGAAAAAUCAAUGUUAUAUACGUAAAAGAUAAAAUUCAUUGUGUUGAUGUGAAAUGUAAAUUUUUUUGUACACUUUAGUUACCUUUGUUACAUGAUUAUAAUAUGUUACAACCCUCUUAAUGUAUAGUAGUGUAUUUUAAGGAACUGUUUUUUGAACAAUAAUUGUAAUGUAGGAAAAGUAGCUACAGAAGGGAAACUUAAUGUAUUAUUUCCAUUUAUUAUCAGAAGGGCCCGGAAGUUAAUGCUCUAUCAAAAGAAGAAAUAUACCUACAGAUAUGCACUAAAAGUUUUUAAUUAUGUCGCCAAUCUAAUGAAAUCUUCAAUGUGAAGAAAACAAUCUUCAAUAUAUAACUUCAAAUUUUUAAAAAUGUACAACAAUUUUUUUUAAUUUAAUACAAUCAGUUUUGUUGAAAUGAAAAUUUUUUGGGCAAGAUCAGAAAGAAAUAAUAAUAAUAAUAAUAAUAAUAAUAAUAAUAAUAAUAAUAAUAAUUAGAAUAAUAAUAAUACAGUUUUAAAAUAAGAAUUUAGAAACAAAUAAAGCCAAUGAAAUAUAAUUCUUAACAGACUGCAAAUAUCAUCCAUAUCUUAAUUAAGGUAAAACAGGCUAGCAGGGUCUUGUAGCAGCAGAAAAAUUGUUUCAUGAUGCAAGACAUAGUAGGGUAAUAUUUAAAAUGGUUUGUAUCUUCUGGUCAAAUCAUGCUCAAUGCUGUUCAGUCAAUAACUAUUGUCUUCUUUAUUUCUGCUUUAUUAUUUUUUUUUAAGUUGAUUAACAAAGACUUUCUUAUAAGUGUUAGUUCCAGUUAUUUUCAUUUGCUUUCUACAUGGAUCCUUAGCUGCUUUCAUAGUAUUCUCUACUUCUACAAAACCAACAUUUUUUUAAAGUUAUCUCUUAUUAAGAACAAUUAUCAAAUACUGAUCACAUCAUAUUUAAAGGAGUAUUCCCAUUAUGAAUGUUCAUUUUCUUUUAAGCUAUUAAUUUUUUUUUAUUGUUUCAAAAAAUAUUUGUUCCAAAUGCAAAUCCUCCUCCCACCCUACUUUCUGGUUCUUUCUUUUAAUACAUUUUGCCUCUAUCAGAGUGAUGUUUGGUGUUAAUGAUCCAAAAUUGGAAGGAAGAUAAUCCAAAUUUUCUUUCAUUUAACAAGUUUUUAUUUGUACUUUCAUUACUUGAAUAGAGACACUGCUCCCAGGUUUCAGUUGGUCUUCCAUUUGAAUAACAGUUAAGACUUGUCUGUCUAAAAAUAGCAUCCAUUUUGUUAGAACUGGUUUUGUUUGAAGAGGUAUGUAAGACGCAACUUCUCUGAUAAUAUGAUAUCUUAGUGGUAACUUGAGAAAAAUGUCUUUCUUAUUUGAAAUGAAUCAGUCAAUUUCUGGGUAUUUUGAGGCAACUUUUUGAACACUAUCAAGUGCAUUUGAGAGACAUGUGAAACACACCAUUGUCAGAGAGAACCCCUUUGGCCCAACUAUAUAGGGGACAACAUCUGUGACAAAAAUCAAAAUUAUGCAAUGUUCAAUGCCUUCUUUAUUAACUAAAUAUACUUGUCCUGCUUCAUUGGAGUCUAGAACACCCAUUAUCAGGAUUACAAUGAAUUGACUAUAUUAAAUAAUUAAUUUGACAAUAGAAAUCCAAAUAUUUUCAUUCUUUUCAGUAUUCUGAAUGUUAGUGAUGGAUUGAAUAUAAAAGAUAUUGACAUAAGUUUUUCUAAGCUUCAGUUUACCGGGAAUGCCAUAGUCAUAAUAUAUAUUUUUAAGUUUUAAAAUUUAGUAUUGCAGAAUAUCCACAGAGAAUUUUGGUUGCAACCAGUGCCUCGCAUAGGUCUUAAGCCUCGUCACAGUUUGUUGUUUGACAUGUAACUUACAGUUAAUAAGAGCAUAAUUUGAAGUUCUUAUUCUUUAUUCCCACAUACUACUUGAAUACUUGUAUGGAAUACUUGUUUCCAUAUGUUGAGUCGUCAAGAACUUUUUAAUUCCCUAUUACAAUCUCACAUAUAUACAAAAGAGCACAUGAUCAUCUGUUGAGAACAUGUCAUUUUGAAAUUCCGAACCUCCAAAAUGAAAGCACAACACCAAAUGUUUUUGUCUUAUCCAAUUGUAUUUAUAUGGUGUUUACUUACAUGUUUGAAGUAUAUUAAUGAUUCAUAAUUACAUGAGAUACAAAGUUUCUUACAAUAAAUAAAAUGACUCUGUAUGAUAUCUGAUCUAAUAAAGGAUACUGCCAAAGUCAGUAUAAGACCAUAAAUCAUGUAGGCGUACAGUUAGAAAGUAUGUAAAAAUGUUGGAAAAGCAAUUGGAUAUGAUAGAACGUUGUGUAUGACAUGUGGCUAAAAGUUCAUAUAUGUGCUAGUUAGUAAUUAUUCACUUGUUCUAUUGCACUUGUUAAUAAUCAACUAAUUUGCACAUAAUGAUCCUUUGCUACUUGUAAGAUAAUUUACCAUUUUUAAAGUACUGUAGGGAGAAAACUCUACUACAACAACUUUCUCAGUUCUGACUGCAGCCAGUCAAGCAUACAAGUGUCUGACAGAGACUAUCGCUUUGCUUUGCUUUGGCACUAACAAGAGAACAUAGUUGAAAAAUAUGAACUAAUAUGACUGAAAUUUCAUGAAGAUUUUUCCUCCCUCCCUUGGCCUGCACAUCUUCUUUGCAAUGCAAGCCUUGAACUUGUUUAUUCACUGCAUUGACCUUUGCAAUCAGAUGUGGAUGUAUGAAGAUAAAUUAAAAAAGGCAGACUGUCAUGGCACAUUCCAAAGUGAAGUUUUGAAAUGUAUCAAGAAUAUUCAAAGUACAUUUUUAUUUUUAAUGAAACAGAGAUAAGUGUAAUAAUAAAAAUUGUGGAAGAAAAAUGUCACCCGAAGGCAAAAAUUUAAUAAUGUGAACAAUACUUUAAAUGUAAAGGAAAUAUGAUUGCGAAAUGAACUAAAUAUUUAAUACUAUAUUCUAUAAAACCAGCGGUUUUCUGUUUUUUCAUUGUAACUUAUUACCAUUUCAUUAUUAGCAUAUUAUAGAACUCAUGAUUAAAAAUUAGAUUUUCCAUGAACUUCCGGGCCCUAAUUUCCCUUUCUUCUUUGAUUUUUUUCUCGAGCAUUGUUAAAGAAUGCUUAUUUGUGACCUUCAUUGUAACUUAUAUUGGAUGUAAUAAAACUUGAGAUAUCAUUCUUCAAGAUCAAGAAUCUUUGAAUAUAUUGAAACUCAAAAGGAAAGUUGAUAAAUAGACAAAUGAUGAAAAUAAUCUUUUUGUGUUAGUAAAGUGUCAAGAUUUUAAUUGCAUUCCUGAUAUUGCAUUUCUAUUGUUUCCAACUUUCUUGUAAAGAAACUUGCCAGAAUUCAGAGUCAAUUACUACAAGAAAUGUAAACAAAGUAUAGGUACUACAAGUAGUUGUAUUGGUGGUGGAGGUGACAAGACGUGCCAGGUUAGGAGAGUUCAAGUGAAUCGGGAAGACAUCAAUGUAGAAAAAUGACUAUUAAGAUUAAUUUAUGUCUUAAUGUAUUUUGCAAUGGUAAAAUACCUUUCUCCUCUCAGCUAUGCCUAUCACCAAAGGGCCUCCUUGGAAGAAGAGUGCAACUGAGUGCAUGUUAUUGUAAAGAAUAUGUCAAUUAGAGGUAAACUAAAGAGUAGAAAUGUGUGAUUGAUGGAUCAUUGUUACAUAUCCCACUUCCUAAGAGGUGUUCUAAUUAUACUGCAUUUUAUUGAAAAAAUGUUGCCAUCACAAAUGAUGCAGCUACAUAGUCAAAAAGACUUUUCUGAAAUAAUACAUCAUUUCAUAUCAUCUGUAAUUUCACUGCUUUCUCUAUCGUGACUCAUUCUGUUUAGUGACUACUUAAUAGUGUUUCAUUAAACAGCAGGCAAAUAAUUCAAAGGUAAUUCAGAUAAGAAUAUUGCCUAAUUAAGCACCUGUACGAAUAGUAUUAAACAGUUUUCUGUGAAAAAAUUAAGUAAGACUGUUAAAAUAAUGGUGCUAGCUUGAUACCUUUAUGCCAGUUAUUUUGUCUUAAAGUAAAAUUUAUAUAGGUAAAAAUAAUCAAAGUUUUAGUCCUAUGGGUUUCUCUUGAAUCCCAAGCAGUGAAGUGAAAAUAAAUUCUAAAUUACUACUGUGUAUUCUUAUAAAGUUUUUUGAAAUUUUGAAUCACACAAAUUAUUUGAUGAAAGACAAACUCAGCAUGACCUUAGUGUGUUUUAUGGCAUUGUAGUAUUUCAUUUGAGCUCAGUUGGCACAAUGUUGGCAUGUAAGAUUCUCUGAGCUUUUAGAAUUCCGUCUUUACCUUUGGACCACUUCCCUUCUCAUGAUUAAUUCGAGAGAAGAUGUUGUUUAUUUUAAUAUUUCUAUUUUCAAUGUUUUUAUUAUGCAGUGAAUGUAAUAUGCUAUAGGUUAUGAUUAUAAAUGUUCCUUGUCAUGUAUCAGUAUUUGCAGAUUUAAAUUAUCGGGAUAUAUUUUGUUUCAUAAGUGAAUGUGACAUUUUCACUGCCUCAAAUAUGCUUAGUUGUUACUGAUUGUAUUAUAAAUUUCUGAAAACAUGUUUAUGGGCCUCAUAUUUUAUAAUGUUUUAUGUAAAGGAAUCUUUUGGUUAAGAAGGUUAUUAAACACCAAUAUAUCAAACUGUUAUUGUACUGUAUGCCAGUCACAGAGAGUAAUUUCCAGAGUGUCAGAAUCAAGGUUGGACUUCUCUAGCAAAUCAAGCAGCAGUGGAUGAUGUAGUUCUAACAGGUUUCCAUCCUCAAGUAUCACUAAUCAGGGCAAUCUGUGUCUUUUUUUGAAAUGUACUGUAUCUGGAGUAAUUCCAAGCACACUGGUCUUCAAGAGGACCUGCAUAUUCUUCCUAUUGAAUUGAAGUGUGUAAAGCUGAAGCAGCAAUAACAUUACUAGUAAAAAGUACAGUUACUAUGAUAUAGAUAAUUGUAAAGUGAACUAAUGUAUAUUUUGUGAAAUAUGACAGAAGUCCAUUCUUGAAACACGAGGUUCAAGUUGAUAUAAGCACAAAUUAUUUUGUUGUGUAUUUGUAUGUUGACAAAUAAUAAUAAAUCAGUGUAUCACCAGAGUGGCAAAUUAUUUUUAGCAUCAUCAUCAUUAUCUUCAUCACUUGUCACUCACUCACGAAGGCCAGAGGAAGAUAGAUGUGAAAAUGCCCCUUAAUUGAAAUCUCAGAAUCAGUAACAGUUGUAUGUGGAUUUGAUUUGAUUUUAUGUAAUUUAUUUCAUCAAAAAACUCCAAAAAGCUUUAUAUGCCGUGUGAGGGAGAAUGUUUUCUUGAGCUCAAGAAUCACUACCCUCCUCUUUUACUAUACAAAACUGUAUGAUGAAUAAAAGUACAAAAAAUGUGUAGUUAGAAUAUUUAAAACUACACAUUUUUGCACCCUAAUAAUACCUGGGUGAGAACUUUGUCAAACAACUGUGAUCUUCCUUUUACGAAAUUUAUUGUGUUUAUUUUUGUCUUAAGUUUAAAUGUUUAAUUGGAGGAAAUUUAAAUAGGAACCUGUAGAUUAAUCAUUUAAACAAUUGGUCUUAAUUAUUUCAAAAGCGUAUACAUUUUGUUGGAUUGUAAAUAGCGUAAAGAUGAUGUUCCUUGAAUUUAUGUGUAGUAGUUAUUUUUUGGAUGGUGAUAAUCAUAUGUACAUUAAUGUUUGAAUCAUGAAUGGGUCAUUUGAACUGAUGAUACCUACUACUUGUACUUUUUAACUAAAGUGUACAUUCAACAUAUUUGUUCAGAAUAUAACUUUGAUAUAAGUAGUUCAGAAUACAACGUAAGUACGUAUAACAUAAUAUGUUAUGGUAAAUACAUUUCUAGUAAAAGGUUUGUAUUUUCGAUUAU